AUGAGAUUGUGAAUAUUUUUAAUGUGUAUGUGUGUAGGGUCUGGGAACUGCGCGGGGAAGUUUCAGUGCGGCUUUUCAUCGCAGUGCAUAAUAAGUUCAGCCCAGUGUGAUGGAAAGGUGGACUGUGACAAUGGCGAGGACGAGCUCGGCUGUGUGCGUCUCAGUGGGCGGAGUUCAGUCCUGCAAGUCCAGAAAAAAGGAGUGUGGAAGACAGUUUGCUCAGAAGACUGGAAUAAUUGGCUUGGCUUGUCUGCCUGCAAACAGCUGGGAUAUAACAGUUAUGUCGAGUCGUUGUUCAUCCCUCUGACCUCCAUCGAGCAGAAUCUUCAGUACGAUCUGGUGUCCAUCAGCCUCAGCACUAACCUGACCAUGAAGCUCCAAAACACUGCAACUUUCAGUAAACCCCAAUGCACCUCGAAAAAUGUGACAACGCUGAAAUGUCUGGAGUGUGGCGUCAGACCGAAAUACAAGCCUCGUGUUAAGCACUCGGUUCAAAUUGUUGGAGGACACCUCUCAAGGCCUGGUCAGUUCCCCUGGCAGGUUAGCCUCCAUUUCAACAAAGUGCACCGCUGUGGCGGCGCCAUCGUGUCUUCAUUUUGGAUUGUCACAGCAGCGCACUGUUUAUUCGGGUUUGUCAACCACUCCCUGUGGACGGUCCACGUGGGAAACACAAUGCAGCAAGCCGAUGGUCCCCAGUCUCUUACAGUGGAGAAGACGAUCUUCCACAUUCUUUAUGACCCCAACGGCAUGGAUUAUGAUGUUGCACUCAUGAAACUAAGAAAGCCUCUUGUUUUUGAUGGAUUUGUGGAGCCCAUCUGCCUGCCUAACUAUGGGGAGGUGUUUGAGCAGGGUAAUGAGUGCUGGAUCUCUGGAUGGGGGGCAAUUCAGAGCAAAGGUGGUACCGAAAUGUUUCUUCACUCGGCCAUGGUGCCCAUCCUCUCCAUGAAGACCUGCAAUCAGCCAGAGGUUCACCAGGGCCUCAUCUCACCAUCGAUGGUCUGUGCAGGAUACCUGAAGGGAGGAAUUGACGCCUGUCAGGGGGAUAGCGGGGGUCCUCUGGCUUGUGAAGACUCACCUCUGUGGAAACUGGUUGGGGCAACGAGUUGGGGCAUCGGCUGCGCUCAAAGGAACAAGCCCGGUGUUUACACCAGGAUCACAUCCUUUCUCAAUUGGAUCAGAAUACAUAUGGAGGUCAGUCCAUAGAUCGAUGUUGUGUGCAACACAAAGACAUUUUAGUCUAAAUGUCUGUACCAAGAUAAUUGUGUCUUAUGAGCAUAAUGCUGCCGAUACUAGGGGGCUGCGGUUCAUUGAGGGAAACAUGAACUCCAACAUUUACAUUUGAUGGAUGGAUCAGAGGUCAGGAUCAGGUUUUUGUUUACAUUGUUUUUCCCACAAAUAUUUGUGUUUUUCAUUGUGCUGUUGUGUGAUGUAUUGUAUGUUUAUAUUAUUUACAAUGUCAGGGAAUAAGUUGCAACAUUACUGUAUUUAAAUGAGAUCCACUCGUAGUUUUUGUUUACUUAUUCUGCCCUAUUGACUUUAUUUUGCUAAAACAAUUGUAUGCAAUAACAUGGAAUAAUUGUAUUAUUUGAGGUGUAUUCUGACUUCACACAUUAGU